GGUGAUCGCUGUGUUCUGCCGGACGAGUGCCCAUGUCACCAUAAUGGUCGACUCUACUACAGCAACGACACCAUCACCAAAGACUGCAACACAUGUGUGUGUAAGGAGCGACGCUGGCAUUGCAGCCAGUCGGCUUGUGCUGGCGUGUGCGUGGCAACGGGGGAUCCGCACUAUGUGACCUUCGAUGGCCGCUGUUUCUCUUUCCUGGGGGACUGCCAGUACGUCUUAGCGAGGGAGACCGGCGGUUUGUUCAGUGUCACGGCGGAGAACGUGCCCUGUGGGAGCACUGGGGUCACCUGCACAAAGUCGGUCACCCUCAGUCUGGGAAACACCAUCAUACACCUGCUGAGAGGUAAAGCUGUGACAGUGAACGGGAUGCCUGUGACUCUACCGAAGUCCUACAGUGGCAGUGGUCUGUCUUUGGAAAGAGUCGGCCUGUUUGUGUCCCUGUCCUCUCGACUCGGGGUCACUCUCCUUUGGGACGGGGGUAUGCGCCUUUAUGUGCGCCUGGCUGCCCACCUGCGGGGUCGAGUCGGGGGCCUGUGCGGUAACUUUGAUGGAGAUACGGAGAACGACUUCACAACGCGGCAGGGCAUCGUGGAGUCUACGGCUGAGCUGUUUGGAAACUCCUGGAAGGUCAGCCCCUCCUGCCCUGACGUGGCAGAUCAGGACCUCCGAGACCCCUGCGCUCUGAACCCCCACAGAGUCACGUGGGCCAGGAAAAAGUGUGCAGUCCUCACCCAGGAACUCUUUUCUCAGUGCCACGCUGAGGUUCCCUUCCAGCAGUAUUAUGACUGGUGUGUCUUUGACGCUUGUGGCUGUGACUCAGGCGGGGACUGUGAAUGUCUCUGCACAGCCAUUGCUGCCUAUGCUGAGGAGUGUAACCGCAGAGGGGUCUACAUCCGCUGGAGGUCCCAGGAGCUCUGUCCUCUGCAGUGCGAGAAUGGGAUGGUGUACGAACCCUGUGGCCCAGCUUGCUCUGCCUCUUGCCCAAGCGUUCAGCAGAGUCCACACUCUCAGUGUGGAGCCCUCUCCUGUGUGGAGGGCUGUUUCUGCCCUGCUGGCUCUGUACGACAUGGGGAAGGCUGCGUCGCUCCCACUGAGUGUCCAUGUGAGUGGGAGGGCUCUAUGUUUCCACCUGGUACCACCAUCACUCAACACUGUCAAAACUGCUCCUGUGAGGAUGGUGUGUGGCACUGUGAGGGUGUGGUCUGCCCUCCUCCCUCUCCUCCCUGUCUAGAAUCAGAGUUCACCUGUGCUUGGGGCCGAUGCAUUCCCUCUCACUGGGUGUGCGACAAUGAGGACGACUGUGGCGACGGCUCAGACGAGCUGUGUCCAUCCACCUACUGUGGUGUGGUGUGUGACGAAGGGGAGUUCCUGUGUGCUGGAGGACGUUGCAUUCUCUACUUCCACCGCUGUGAUGGACACGAUGACUGUGGGGACUUCAGUGACGAGAGGGGGUGUGUAUGUGCACCAGGAGAGUUUCUGUGCCCGGGGGACCAGUGUGUUCCUGCAGACAGAGUGUGCGAUGGAAACAGAGACUGUCCCUCAGGAACAGAUGAAGCUGUCUGUCCAAGUAAAGUGACCUGUGCUCCGGACCAGUUUGCCUGUAGAGACGGCACAUGUAUCACCACAACUGAGCUGUGUGAUGGGACAUCGGACUGUCCAGGUGGAGAGGAUGAGAACAGAACCAUUUGCUACUCUAUCCUCACAACACCAUCACAACCACAUGUCACCCCGACUGUGCCCUCUUCAGCUUGUAGAUCCUAUGAGUUCGGCUGUGCCACUGGUGGACAGUGUGUGCCUCAGGCCUGGCGGUGUGAUGGGGAGACAGACUGCCUGGAUGGGAGUGAUGAGCAGCAGUGCACCACACCCUGUGGCCCUGGCCAGGUUCCGUGCCUCAGUGGGGACCAGUGUAUUGACUACCACCAGCUCUGUGACAGGACUCCACAUUGCAGGGACGCCUCAGACGAGAGCAUAGACAACUGUGGUUCUACCCAGAUACCUCCCUGUCCAGGCAGCUUCUCAUGUGACAACCGCACCUGUGUGAACAUGACUCAAGUGUGCGACGGCCUCCCAGACUGUCCACGGGGCGAUGAUGAGUUGGUGUGUGAUAAAACUGUCUCACCUUUGCCCCCUGGUGGCAAGAACAACACUGUCCCCUGCCCUGAGUUUACAUGUAUGGAUGGAUCCUGUGUCCCCUUCAGCAUGGUUUGUAAUGGUGUGGCAGACUGCUCAGACUCCUCUCUAGCGCCACUUGGAGGCCCCACAGAUGAGCAGGGCUGUGGAACCUGGAGCUCCUGGGGUCCCUGGAGCCCCUGCAGCACCUCCUGUGGGACAGGCUCCACGAGCCGGCAGAGAACCUGCCCGCAAGGGGACCCGCUGCGCCACUGUCGGGGACAGGAUGUCCAGAGGCAGCAGUGCUUCAACACCACCUGCCCAGUGGAUGGUCAGUGGAUGCCCUGGGUGAGCUGGUCCAACUGCUCCAGUGGCUGUGGUGGAGUUCAGGUACAACACAGAGGCUGCAUCCCUCCUCGCUACGGAGGCCUAGACUGUUCUCAGCUACCUGGACAAUCCAACCUCGCCAUGGAAAUCAAGCCUUGUCCUGACGAUGGAUGUGCCAACACCAGCUGUCCCACUGGGCUGGUGAGACACAGCUGUGCUCCCUGUCCAGUGUCCUGCGCCCACAUCUCAAGUGGGACAUCCUGUGAUUCCACAGCACCCUGCUUUUCAGGAUGCUGGUGUCCAGAGGGCCAGGUGAUGAGCCAUACCCAACAGUGUGUGUUACCAGAGGAGUGUGCAUGUGAGUUGGCCGGUGUGCGCUACUGGCCGGGCCAACAGAUGAAAGUGGACUGUGAAAUUUGUGUCUGCGAGAGAGGAAGGCCUCAGAGAUGUCAGCCCAACGCAGACUGCUCAGUGCACUGUGGCUGGUCAUCUUGGUCUGAGUGGGGAGAGUGCUUGGGGCCCUGCGGUGUCCAGAGUGUCCAGUGGUCUUUCCGCAGCCCAAAUAAUCCCAUCAAGUACGGAGACGGUAGAACGUGCAGAGGAAUUUACAGGAAAGCUCGUCGGUGUCAGACAGACCCCUGUGAUGAAUGUGAGUACCAGCGUCAGGCCCAUGCUGUGGGAGACAGAUGGAGAUCAGACCCCUGCCAGUUAUGCCACUGUCUGCCCAGCCUGACAGUGAAGUGCUCCCCCUAUUGUCCAUACGCUGUCACUGGAUGCCCACAGGGUCAAAGUCUGGUGCCUGGAGAGGGAGACAGGUGUUGUUACUGCCAAGCAGAAAAUGGCACCAUUCUUGUGACAGAGACCCCUGACACUGUGACCUCCAGCCCAGCAGAGGGUACUACACCCCUGGUUCCCACAUAUCCACUUCCUCCUGCAGAUGAGUGUUGGGCUCCUCUGGGUGUCCAGACUCUGCCAGGCUCAAGUUUCAGGGCCUCAUCACAGCAGAGUGGGCACCCACCUGAGGCCGCUCGCCUGCAUGGUCCAGAACCUGAGGAAUAUAAGGACCUCCCACAGCGGAGCCCCAACGGACACAGUAGCGACACACAAAGCCCCUACCUGCAGAUAGACCUGCUGAAACCUUACAACAUCACUGGUGUGUUAACACAGGGUGGUGGCAGGUUUGACACGUUUGUGUCCAGCUUCUACCUGCAGUUCAGCCCGGACGGCAGACGGUGGUACACCUACAAAGAGCUCGUCACUGAUGCACGGCCCAGAGCCAAGGUUUUUCUUGGUAACCAUGAUGAUCGAGGGGUGGCUGAGAGCAGACUGGACAGGAUGGUGUCGGCUCAGUUUGUCCGCCUGGUGCCACAUGAUUUUCAGAAUGGCAUCUACCUUCGACUUGAGAUUAUGGGCUGUGGGGAUGGUUAUCGCUGGUCGACUACCUCCACCCCUCCCUCGCCAGUCUCCCCUGCGGGCGGCUGCAGAGUGAAGGAGUUUCAGUGUAAAAAUGGCCGCUGUGUACCAGCAGGUCCACUGGGAGUUGUGUGUGAUGGAGUCAAUGACUGUGGCGAUGGAUCAGAUGAGAUGUACUGUGGGACUCAGCCCUCAACUACAGCCACCAGUCCUCGCAGCUGCCCUGCUGGGCACUUCUCUUGUCCCCCACCAGGGGGCUGCAUUGAUGCAGGGAAAAGAUGUGAUGGUAUCUUCCAGUGUCCAAAAGGAGAGGAUGAAACUGGCUGCCACCCCCACAACACCACAACCCAGUCAGACAGACCACACACUCCCACCCCUGCUCCUCUCAGGACUCCGUCCAUGGCUGCUGUCUCUCGCCCUGCAGUAACAUCAGCUGUUGGUGUACCAGGAUAUCGUGGCAUCUGCUCCUCUCCCCUGGGACUGGAGGAUGGGAAAAUUCGAUAUGGACAGUUGACCUCGUCCUCACAUCGUGAGAACAACCCUGCUGACGCUGGAAGACUAAACAUCGUCCCAAAUGUCCAGGUAAUGGAGCCUGGAUGGAGUCCCUUACCCACAGAUGCUCAGCCAUAUUUUCAAGUGGACUUCCUGGAGCCCAUGUGGGUAUCGGGGGUGGUGACGCAGGGCAGUGAACGCAUGAGGGGUUACCUCUCUAAAUACCGCCUGGCCUUCGCACUGCACAGCAGCCUCUUCUCAGAUUACACUGAAGAUGGGAAACCUGGUGGCCCUGCCAAGGUGUUCGAGGUGCGGAUGACGGGAAGGACCCCUGCGACACGCUGGCUCGAUCGGCUGGUCAGAGCUCGCUACCUCCGCAUCAUCCCAGUGGAGUUUAGACACACCUUCUACAUGCGUGUUGAGAUCCUCGGGUGCAGAGGAGAAGAGCUGAUGACCCCCAGCAGCGUGACCUCAUCUUCCCCUGGUGGUCGAAAAGUGACGGUACAGCGUUGUAAGCCAGGCCAGUUUGCGUGCCAGCACACUGAGCAGUGUGUGUCUGUGUCCGUGCUUUGUGAUGGACGACCAGACUGCAAGGACCACUCUGACGAGAUCAACUGUGGUACAGCUCCAACCAGAGGCUCACCAGGUCUGCAGAACCAGACCAGUUCUGCAGGGAGACCAGGUUUCCAUGGCGACACUACUACAGGUGCCCCAGGCCUCCACACCACCGGGUCACAAGGUGGCAUUCCCGGUGUGGCUACGUCAGGGGUCACGGGUCAACCUGGACUUCAGAAGACCACAAUUCCAAGCCACUGGACCACCAAACCCUCCAUCUACCCAGGGGUUACCACAGGUCAGCCUGGACUGCACCUCACUACCUCUCCUAGCUCUGGAAGGCCUGGUCUACAAACCACAAAAGCACCGUGGAUCACCACACCGCCUGAUGAUGGGGGCCUACCCAGAGUGCUUUGUGUGGAGGGCCAGUUUGCGUGCCGAUCAUUUGGCUGCGUGGACUCCGCGCAGGUGUGUGAUGGCAGACGGGACUGUUUGGACGGGUCGGAUGAAGAACGCUGUGGCACGACAGCCAGACCAGUGGUGACACAGCGCCCCCCUGUGCCCAGCCCGUGUUCUCCCAAGCAGUUCCCCUGUGACAGUGGGGAGUGUGUUCACCUGGACCGCAGGUGUGACCUACAGAAGGACUGCGUGGAUGGGUCGGAUGAGAAAGACUGUGUGGACUGCAUCAUGUCCCUGUGGACAGCCUGGAGCGCAUGCAGUGUGUCCUGUGGUCUGGGCUCCUUGUUUCGGCAGAGAGACAUUCUGAGGGAGGCUCUGCCUGGAGGGGCCUGCGAUGGAGCCCAGUUUGACAGUCGAGCAUGCUUCCCUCAAGCAUGUCCAGUUGAUGGUCACUGGUCAGAGUGGACAGAGUGGUCGGAGUGUGACGCUCAGUGCGGUGGUGGAGUCAGGCUCAGGAACAGAACCUGCUCCGCUCCCCCUCCCAAGAACGGUGGGCGAGACUGUGAGGGCAUGACCCUGCAGAGCCAGAGCUGCAACAGCCAGUCCUGCACCAAAGACACUGGCACACAGACAGGUUGUGUCAAUGGCAUGGUGCUGGUGACUGAGGCAGACUGCCAGGCUGGAAGAGUUGAGCAUUGUCCUCCUACCUGCUCACACCUCAGCCUGACCAACAACUGCACUGCAGCAUGUAUACUGGGCUGUCGCUGUCCCAGUGGUCUGUACCUUCAGGAGGGGCGGUGUGUAAAUGCCAGCCAAUGUGUGUGUCACUGGGACGGCCAAACACUGCAGCCAGGACAGACAUUCAGUAAGGACCAGUGUACAACAUGUGUUUGCAGAGAAGGACAAGUCACCUGCGACACCUCCAGCUGUGUGGCGAGCUGUCGCUGGUCGGCCUGGUCGUCAUGGUCACCAUGUGAUGUUACCUGUGGUCUGGGCCUUCAGCAGCGCUACAGGUCCCCUGUGAACCCUCCAGGAGCAGUCAGAGUCCAGCCCUGUCCAGGAGACUCCUCUGAGGCCCGCAGCUGCUCCAGCCCCUGCCUCCCUGUGCUACCAGAUGGAGUUUGGGGUAAGUGGACCGGCUGGUCAGAGUGUAGUAAGACGUGUUUCAACCUGGUAGAUGAGGUGGGAAUCAGACGCAGAUUCCGCAGCUGCAACCGCACACUCACCACAUUCAACACCACUCGCCCUGGCUGUGAUGGGGACAGCGAGGAGCAAGAGCCUUGCAACACGGUGCACUGUCCAGUGAAUGGCGGCUGGUCAGCAUGGUCACCGUGGUCUCAGUGCACAUCAGAGUGUGACUCUGGUGUUCAAACAAGAGAGCGACUCUGCAGUUCACCCUCACCACAGCAUGGGGGCAGCAGCUGCCAGGGGCCACACAUACAGACAAGAGACUGCAACUCCCACCCCUGCUCAGGUGUGUGUCCAGAGGGCAUGGUGUUCAUGACGGCAGCUGAGUGCGACGCUCACGGUGGUGCGUGUCCGCGGGUUUGUUUGGACAUGACCUCCACUGAGGUGCAAUGUGCCACUGCCUGUUAUGACGGCUGCUACUGUGCCCCGGGCUUCUACCUGCUGAACGGCAGCUGUGUGCCCCUGGCACAGUGCCCGUGCUACCAUCAAGGGGAGACGUACCCAGCCGGCACCGUCCUGCUCGUCGAUGUCUGCAAUAACUGUACCUGCAUUAAUGGAGAGAUGGAGUGUGGGACAGCUCCCUGCUCUGUGGACUGUGGCUGGAGCAGCUGGACCCAGUGGAGCACCUGCAGUCGAACAUGCGAUGUUGGAGUGAGAAGGAGGUAUCGUUCAGGGACUAACCCUCCUCCGGUGUUCGGGGGUCGUCCUUGCGAAGGACACAGAGUCGGGAUUGACACCUGCAGCAUUGAACCCUGCUUUGGUGUGAAGGAGCCCUGGAGCACAUGGUCAAAGUGCUCAGUAUCAUGUGGAGGAGGGUACAGGACUCGAACCCGCGGGCCGAUUCGAAUCCACGGCACCGCUCAGCAGUUCAGCGCCUGUAAUCUGCAGCCCUGUGGUGACGGCCGAGUGUGUCCUCCCGGCCAGGAGUGGAAGCAGUGUUUGAGGGGGGCAGUGUCGUGUACAGACCUUGCGAUGGACCUCAGCAGGAACUGCACACCAGGCUGCCAGUGUCCACCGGCAACUGUCCAACAGGACGGUGUGUGUGUGCGAGAGUCCGACUGUCGCUGUGACAUGGACGGGGAGCAGUACAAGCCAGGAGACAUUGUCCCCACUGACUGCAACAACUGCACAUGUGAAGCAGGGAGGCUGGUGAACUGCUCUCAGGACAGAUGCAACGUUGACGGCCAGUGGUCCAUGUGGACUCCCUGGGGUCAGUGUUCAGUGUCGUGUGGUGCGGGGAUCCAGUCUCGGUACAGGUUCUGUUCUAGUCCCCAGCGCUCUGGCAGCGGCCUGCCAUGUCUGGGACCACACAGAGAGGACCAGGUCUGCAUCAACAGCCCAUGUGACCGUGACGGAGGGUGGGGUCAUUGGAGUAACUGGACGGAGUGUACCAAGUCCUGCGGUGGGGGAAUCCAGAGCCGGAGGAGAGAGUGUGACAGUCCCAGGCCAGAAGCCGAGGGGAAUUACUGUGAGGGCCUGGGAACGGCGGUCAGAGCUUGUAACACUGACCAUUGUCCAGUUGCUCCAUGUUCUCAGGUUCCAGGCACAGUGUUCAGUAGCUGUGGGCCCUCCUGCCCUCGCUCCUGUGACGACCUGGCACACUGUGAGUGGACAUGUGAGCCAGGCUGCUACUGUACAGAGGGAAAGGUCCUGUCUGCGAAUGGGACAGUCUGUGUAGAGAGAGAAGACUGUCCCUGCCUGGACCUCGGCACCGGGCAGUGGCUGGAACCAGGAGAAACCAUUACAGCCCAGGAUGGAUGUAACAACUGUACCUGUGAGGGUGGGAGGUUCAACUGCACGACUGACACCUGUCCAGUGCCAGGUGAAUGGUGCGAGUGGUCAGAGUGGACUCCUUGCUCCAGGACCUGUGGGGCAGAGUCUGUGUCUCGCUACAGGAGCUGCAGCUGUCCUGAGCCCAAGGGUGGUGGGGCGGCCUGCACAGGAGAACAGGAAACACACAACGGGGUCAGAGUUCAAAUCCAGAGACAGCCCUGCCCUGUCAUCACCUUCUGUCCGGUCCACGGCUCAUGGAGUCACUGGUCGGAAUGGUCGGACUGUGACGCGUGUGCCGGAUCGUCCGCCCGCACCAGGGAAUGCAACAGCCCGCCCGCCAGGUUUGGUGGUCUGCCCUGUCUUGGAGAGAGCCGACAGAAACGUGGUUGCCAUGACAACAUUACCAUCUGCUCAGACUGUGGUGGAGGCCAGGAAGAAUGGCCUUGUGGGAAGCCCUGCCCUCGCUCCUGUUCCGAUCUCCACGGUGACACCGUGUGCUUGGACUCCCCUGGGUGCAGCCGGACUUGUGGUUGUCCAGGUGACAUGGUUCUGCAGGACGGAGUGUGCGUGGGGAGAGACGAGUGCCGCUGCAAAUAUCAUAACAGCUCUGCUGCAGGAGGCCUAGAUUCCAGCAAUGCAUCAUGGGUAUGGCCUGGAGGAUCUGACUGGCAGUUUGCGAAUCCAGGAGACAGCAUCAUCAGCGACUGCAAAAACUGUUCAUGCGAGGCUGGAGUUCUGCGGUGUCAGUCAGUCCCGGGUUGCAAUGUUGACGGCAGCUGGAGCCAAUGGGGAGCCUGGACUGAGUGUUCGCUUCCUUGCGGAGGAGGAGUUAAGGUCAGGGGACGCCUGUGUGAUAAUCCAGCUCCUCAGAGUGGUGGGAGAGGCUGCCUGGGAGCUGCUGAGCAGCAGAAAGACUGCAACAUACACCCGUGCACAGAUUCCGUGGGCCCGUGGCUGCCCUGGUCCAAGUGGUCUGCGUGCUCGGUCAGCUGUGGUGGAGGGCAGCAGACCCGCUCUCGUCUCUGCAGCUCGCCUCCCUGCAGCGGCGUCAGUCGCCAAAGCAAGACGUGCAACACGCAGGUCUGCCUCGAGGUGGGCUGCCCUCCAGGCCGGCUGUACAGGGAGUGUGAACGAGGUGAAGGUUGUCCGUUCAGCUGCGCUCAGAUCAGCGGCAGAGAGGGCUGCUACUCAGACGGCUGCGAGGAAGGAUGUCACUGCCCUCUGCUCACGUACCAGCACCAUGGAGUCUGUCUGCAGGAGUGUCCUUGUCUGGUGGACAGAGAGUUUCUGGCGUCCCUACAGAGUGUCUCCAUCACACCGGUCUCAUCCCUGCUUCUCUACAACAUCUCGGAGGGAAUGGAGCUUCAGUCUGGAGACACCCUGGUCCACGACUGCAGCACAUGCGGCUGUGAACACGGCAGGUGGAACUGUUCCUUGGAGCAUUGCCCGGUCGACGGUGGCUUGUCACCCUGGGGCCCCUGGAGCCCUUGCUCUCUGUCCUGUGGAGGUCUGGGACUGAAAACGCGCUCCAAGGGCUGCACUCAGCCCGCACCAGCCCACGGAGGGAGAGAGUGCCAGGGUCCACGCCAGGAGACCACCUACUGCCAGGCCCCUGACUGCCCAGUAAUUAUUGGUCCUACAGAAGAACCAGUUUUACCAGAUGAGGACGCUGGCUUCUCUCCCUGGUCACUGUGGAGUCCCUGCACUAAGACCUGCACUGAUGCUGUCAGCCCGGCCAUAAAGUCCCGUCAUCGUCAAUGUGUCAAACCUCCCUGCUCUGGAAGCUCUCACCAAGAGAAAGCGUGUAACCUGCCCCAGUGUGCAGAUGGGGGUGAGGUAUGUAUCGGACCUGACUGUGCGAGGAGGAACUGCUCCUGGACAGAGUGGGGGGAGUGGAGCCUCUGUUCGCGAUCGUGCGGAGUGGGUCAGCAGGGGAGGAUCCGAACCUUCCUCAGCCCCGGGCCCAACGGCUCGUGGUGCGAAGACAUUCUCGGAGGGAACCGGGAGCAGCGCUUCUGUAACAUCAGGCCCUGCAGAG